AUGCUGUCCAGGACUCUCAUCAAAUCUUUGCCAUUGAUGGCAUGCGCCUUCGAAGGCGUCUCCGCCCUUUCCAAGGGCCAUGAUCUCUCAUCUGCGGGAUAUAUGGAAACAGAUCAGGGUACAACAUGGCUCACUGAGUCCGGCUCGACCAGCACCAUCGAAGACAUUCUCGGGGCCGGUGGCAUGGACAGCGUCAGGCUGAGGCUCUGGACCGGCGAGGAUUACGGCCUCGACUACACCCUCAACCUCGCCAAGCGCUUCGCCAACGCCGGGCACAAGAUCUACCUCGACCUGCACCUCUCCGACACGUGGGCCGACCCGUCCAACCAAGCCACGCCCUCCUCCUUCGACACGUCCGACCUCGCCGCCUCGGUGCGGUCCUACGUCUCGUCGACUCUCCAAUCCUUCACCGACGCCGGCGUCACCCUCGACAUCCUCUCCAUCGGCAACGAAAUCAUCCAAGGCAUGCUCUUCCCCGCGGGCCAGAUCGCCGACAACGACUUCUCGGGCUUCGCCGCCCUCUGGGCCGCCGCGCGCGCCGGCGUCGACGACGCCGUCGCCGCGGGCACCGCCAAGCCGUCCGUCAUGAUCCACCUCAACAACGGCUGGGACGAGGCGACGCUGACGUGGUGGUUCGACGGCCUCUUCGCCGAGGGCACCGUCACGGCCGACAUGGUCGACGCGCUCGGCGUCAGCUUCUACCCCUUCUUCGACACCGAGGCCACGACGGACGCGCUGCAGAGCAGCCUCGACUCGCUCGCCUCCGCGUACGGCAAGCCCGUCUACGUCGCCGAGACGGACUGGCCCGUCAGCUGCGACGGCGUCGACCUCUCGGCCGACUUCUCCGUCGACGCCCAGGGCCAGGUCGACUGGGUCGGCGCCGUCGUCGACGUGCUGAACAACGUGCCCGAUGGCUUGGGGGCGGGCGUGUUUUACUGGGAGGGCGGCUUCAUCAACAACACGGCGCUGGGCAGUGAUUGCGAUGAUAACAUCCUGUUCGAUGUCAACUGGGGUGGCAGCCCGGCUGCGACGGCGAGGUCGUCGGUGAACAUGUACGCGUAA